UCGUUAAGUCACUGUGUGAAGAGUGAGGAGUCAGAGCGCAAAGCUUUCUCUGGCUCAUUCUGUAGUUUUUAUUUUUUACCGUGUUGAUCACAACACCUAACUAAUCCACCAUGUCUAUUAUGUCAUAUAACGGCGGCGCCGUCAUGGCGAUGAGGGGAAAGGACUGCGUUGCCAUAGCAGCAGACAGGAGGUUUGGAGUUCAGGCACAGAUGGUUACCACUGACUUUCAGAAGAUCUUCCCAAUGGGAGAUAGACUCUACAUCGGCCUGGCCGGCCUUGCCACCGACGUCCAGACUGUAUCUCAGAGGCUAAAGUUCCGUCUGAACCUGUACGAGCUGAAGGAGGGUCGUCAGAUCAAACCCAAGACCUUCAUGAGCAUGGUCUCCAACCUUCUGUAUGAGAGGAGGUUUGGGCCCUAUUAUGUGGAGCCUGUCAUUGCUGGACUGGACCCCAAAACGCUUGAACCCUUUAUCUGCUCCCUCGACCUGAUUGGCUGCCCCAUGGUGACGGAGGACUUUGUGGUCAGCGGCACAUGCUCAGAGCAGAUGUACGGCAUGUGUGAGUCCCUAUGGGAACCAAACAUGGAACCAGAGGACCUGUUUGAGACCAUCUCCCAGGCCAUGCUGAACGCUGUGGACAGAGACGCUGUGUCAGGAAUGGGUGUCGUCGUGCACGUCAUUGAGAAGGACAAGAUCACCACACGGACCCUGAAAGCCAGAAUGGACUAGAGCAAAACCAGCACUGCUUCCCCCACACUUCAACAACUUCUUCUUUUCUUUUGUACUGAAACGACACAGACACCGAAUGACAUUUUUUCUGCCUCUCAUCUUCUCCUUUUUGAUGAAUAGUUCAAUAAAUUGACUUUGAGUGUC